GUGUGGACAAUACUGAGCUAGAUGGACCAGUGAAAAGCAGCUUAGAUGUUUGCCUGCCAGAAAAAUGCUGCAUUUGCUACACGUCCAGAAGGCUUUUCUAUUGGAGGAAAACCUGGACAGCAUAGAACUCAGAACACAAGCUCAUUGGCAAAAAAGAAAAAGGCGAUUAGGUUUGUCCGUCUCCAGCCACCGUUAAACGUCGUUUAUCCGCGCUCCUCUGUGGGCGAAACCAUUCGGCGGAGAGGUGAAUAUGAACAUCCCUGGAUGUGGUUCUGCCCGGGCGCUCAUUUUGCCAGCAAGGCUUGCUCAGUUGAUUCUGCUGCAGGUUACAUUCUCGCCCGACCAAGCCUUGUCCUGAUGCUGGAAAGGGGGGAACAGCCUUGCAUGAGCAACAGCAAGAUCAGCGUGGGCACCAACCCUCUGAGCAGCAGUGUUGCGGACUCACAGGCCCUGAAAGAGAACACCAAGUCGCCUUCGCCCGCGGCUCUGUCUUCACCGCCCGCCACGGAGUCACCCAAGCCUGCCCGGCCCCGCCCCCCGCCCCCGGCCGUGCUGCCCUCCGAGCGCCCCUACCAGUGCAAAGACUGCGGCAAGCGCUUCGUGUACCGCUCCAAGCUGGCCACGCACCAGUGGACCCACUGCGCCGAGCGCCCGUACAAAUGCCCCGACUGCCCCAAGAGUUUCAGCUACCCGUCCAAGCUGGCGGCCCACCGCCGCACGCACACCGGCGAGCGGCCCUACCCCUGCACGCUCUGCCCCAAGCGCUUCGGACACCGCUCCAAGCUGGCUGCCCACCAGUGGAUCCACACGCCCGAGCGCCCCUACAAAUGCGCCGACUGCCCGAAGAGCUUCUGCUACCCUUCCAAGCUGGCUGCCCACCGCCGCACGCACACGGGGCAGCGGCCCUACCCCUGCAACCGCUGCGGGAAGAGCUUCUGCUACCCGUCCAAGCUGGCGGCCCACCAGCAGAUCCACGCGGCCGCUGCGGCUGGGCGGCCCUACCCGUGCAUGCGCUGCAGCAAGAGCUUCCGGCAGCUGCGCAACCUCACGCUCCACCAGCGGGUGCACGAGGACGGGGAAGUGGGGGAUGACUUGUCCCAAAGCAAAGGCCACAGCAACGGAGAGAGGCCGUAGAGCGGAGAUCUGAAGCGACUGGACAACGCGGGGGUGCGGGGAGGAAAUUGGCUAACUUGGAUGCUUGGUGGGUGCGGUGGGAUCAUUGUAAAUAACGGCAAGGGAGAGGGGGUUUGGGGUUUACACAGAGAUGCGCUUUGAGGACCCAUAGUUGCUCAGCUCUUUUGUUGCGGGUCUUGCCGCUGUCCCCCCCCCCCUACAGUGCCAAGUUGACGUGUGUGUUCUCUCCGCCUCCCCAUAGCCCAAGCUGUGUAUACCAUGCUGAAAAAAAGCCAAAGUGUGUGUUGUUCAGAGAACCCCGGUUCCACCCUCAGAAACGGCAUAUUCUGCAACCUGACUAACUUGUGCAUUGUUGAGAUGUGCACGUAGGAGGGGCAGAGCAACCUCAGCACCCCACUGAUUCUGCAAAACAAGCCCAGCCACCUUUGAAUCCCAAUUUCACAAGAAGCUUGCAUAAAUUCAUAGAAAAUGGAUGGAUAUGCACAAAUCUUCCGGAGAGCAGAAUUCUGCCAUUGCUUUGUAUGACCUCUGACCAUUGCCCAGGCUGUCUCUUGUCUGUGUUCAGUUGGCGCAUGCUUACAUUGGAAUGCAGAGGUCAGCAUCUUCACAGUCCAAGUUAGGCCUGUCAAACUUGGCAUUUUCUGGGUUGUACAUCAUCUGCCUCCUGUGGCUUAUCAAACCCUGUUUGUGCCUCCGGCCUAUGGCUAAAGAGAAGGGGGACAGUUUUAACAACCUGGCAUGCCGCGCACACACUGGUGUCACACAGUGUGUGCGAUAGAAGUUGCUAGUCCUUAUGAAGGCACAGAUAAGUCUGAAAAUGUGGUUGUGGCAUCUGCGAAAUUGCCAGGGGUAGCUUAAGCCGAAAUGCCAAGAAUCCAUGAAUUUUUUGGGGUGUGCUCACACGCUACAUUCUGUACAGUGGUGGGCCCUCCCAACAAGUAGCAGUAGAAUAAUUUUGCAAAUGUUAUGUGUUGUGUUCAUCUGCCAUUUUUAAAUUUUUGCUUCAGUUGGCAUGGAAUCUUACCUCUCAGCCAGCUGCUGUAAAAACUGGUGGCUCUGGGCUUCUGUCCCUGAUCCCAUCAAAAUAUGUCCCUAGCCAUUUACAACAUGUACUGAAAACUGCUUAAGCACACAGAUUUCUAGUGCUGGAUUUGGAUGGCUGGAUUUCCCACCCCCACCCCCAUCACUUGGUUUACACAACUUUUACUACCCGGUUCCUUUGCUUCUUCCUUGUGACCGUUUCACCACAUGCCUAGAGAGGCAGUCCCACAAACCUGCCUUCCUUUGUUACGCCUCCCCCCCCCACAAAUUCCCCACUUUUGGGGGUUACUGUCUUGCCUCUUGGUUCAAAUGUUGGAUUUCUAAGACGCAGUGUGUUCCAAUCUCCCACUUUUUAGACACAUGUCCACCUUUCCACCACCCCUUUCUUGGAUGGAUGAAUUCUACACACACACUCCUUGUCCUUGUACCGUUUGCCAAAGCAUCUUUUGCCUUCUCACCCCCACCCACCCCACCCCAAAGGCAUUUGUUCAGAUUGUUGCAAGGGAGGUGGGGAGGGGGUGUUGAUUGAUCCAUGGUAUGUUUGUAGUUGAUACUAAAAAAAAAAAAAUGGGACUCCCCUGGGAGGCUGGAGUUUUUUUGUCUUAUUUUUCUUGGAAAAAAAUAAUAAAACUUAUAAAAGUUUA